CUUGACAAAGCGGUGUCACAGACCAAGACAGUGAAAUGUCUCCAGUUGGGUAAAACCGUCAGAGACCCAGCAGCUGGCACCAGCUGUCUGGUGGCUGGAUGGGGGAAAACGAACAAUGUUGGCCAGAAAAUGUCUGAUGUGCUGAGGUCUGUCAAUGUGACUGUGAUUGACAGAGUGCAGUGCAACUCUGGUGAAUAUUACGGCCUUAACCCUGUUAUCACCAGUGGCAUGAUAUGUGCUGGUUCAGAUGGUAAAAACCAGGCUGAUACCUGUGAGGGGGAUUCAGGAGGACCACUGUUAUGCAAUGGAGAGCUAGUUGGAGUUACUUCUUUUGGACGGAAGUGUGGCCAGAUUAAAAGGCCAGGAGUGUACUCUUUUCUCUCACAAAAACAACUCAAAUGGAUCAAAAAGACUUUGGAGAAGUCUGAAAUAUAAUGAGCCCUCCCUGUUAAUUAUUAUGCAUAUACUAUAUAAGAUUUCUAGCCCAACCCAGCCAUUUGAUUCAUGAUGAUAUUUCACCACAGAGAAAGUCACUGCGGCUGCACAUAUGAAUUCAUAAAAGAAGUUGCUAUUGAGGAACUAUUACUAUUGGGUAGUGUUGUAACAAAUUCAUGCAGGGGUGGUUUCCUCCAAUGUGACUUGUUUAUUGUUUUUUUUUUUGACAUUGUGUCACUUUAUAUUGUUGUUCAUUCAGUUUUUAUUUGUUUGACUGUGUACUUUUGACUUUGCUUGUUUAGCUUCCUCAGCACUCA